GUACCCUGACCGGAGAGUAGAGUUGGACAUACCCACUGAAGCAGACAACAGCUCAACUCAGGACAGACUUUGAAUAACUAUUCGGCGACAUAACUUUUCUGUUUGUAAAGUAAACAGACAACAAGAGAGAUUUUACGCACGAAAAAUGCAGCCCCUCUGUCACCAACUGCUCAGCUUGCUGUUCGUUUUCAGCAGCCUUCAGAUCCAUCAACUCACAGAGGCUUGCUCGUGUGCUCUGUCUCACCCGCAAGAUGCGUACUGCAACUCUGACAUUGUGAUCCGUGCCAAAGUGGUGGGCAAGAAGUUACUGAAGGACGGGCCUUUUGGCACCAUGCGUUACACGGUCAAACAGAUGAAGAUGUACAAAGGAUUCAACAAAAUGCAGCACGUUCAGCACAUCUACACAGAUGCCUCUGAGAGUUUGUGUGGAGUCAAGUUCGACAUCAACAAGUACCAGUAUCUGAUCACAGGCCGCGUGUUUGACGGCAAGGUCUACACCGGGCUGUGUAAUUUCAACCAGCCAUGGGAGCGCCUCUCGCUGGCCCAGAAGAAGGGCAUCAACCACCGCUACCAGCUGGGCUGCAACUGCAGGAUUAAGCCCUGCCACUACCUGCCCUGCUUUGUGACCUCAAAGAACGAGUGCCUGUGGACGGACAUGCUGUCCCACUUCGGCUACCCCGGCUACCAGUCCCGGCACUACGCCUGUAUCCAGCAGAAAGAGGGCUACUGCAGCUGGUACCGGGGGAUGGCCGGCCGUGACAAAACCACCAUCAACUCCACCGACCCCUGAGCGUAAAACCACAGCCAACCCCCAAAACCAUCACAACUUUCUUGAGUUUCUUCUCCUCUUCCUCUCACUCUUCUACACCUUUCCCAAACUCCCCCACGGCCCUCGUCAACCACAGAGUAUUACAGAACUCUUAAAACGUACAGUACUAGCCCCAAGUGACCACUCCUACGUCCUCUGACGAAAUAUACGAGACCUAAAAUAAUCAGUGCCUGGCUGUCUCAUAGAAAUAGCACUUCAUGCUGUACAUUUCAGUUUCUCCCACCUAACCUUUCCGACAUUUUCCCUAGCUAUCAAUGAGCAGAAAUUAGACCCGAUCCCAGUCAACUUUUUUCAGACUGCGAGACCUUUUUCAAACUAUCGUAAUGCUUAUUAUGGGUGGGAUGGCAUUUCAGAACGGCAGUUUCCAGCAAUGCAUAAUGGUGAAAAUGAUUUGAAUAUUAAGUGUGUGGUGCAGACCGUAUCAACAAAGCUCCCGCAACAUAAUGUUAUCCUCAACACAGGUUAUGCUCAGUAACCAGACACAUUGUCACCAGUACGAGGGCAAUGCCAACACGAGGUAUGACCUCUGAAAAGCAAUACCUCUUGCUCCAGUCACACAAAGGUAUUUUAUUGGUAUUUAACAAUGAUUUUGAAUCACAUGAAAGUGUAUAUGUAUGUGUUGACAGUUUAUACUGUCAACAUGUCUAUUUAUAUGAAUGAUGCAAUCUUUGCCUCCCUGACUGCUUGCACUGUAAAGUUCAUUCUAGGUUGUAUUAAAUUGCAUUUACAUUUGAGUAAUUUAGCAGAUCACACUAUAUGAAUGCAUUGCUAAUAUCGGACAAAGAAUUGAUUGAGUAUAGCUAUAUUUUCUUCUCCGUAACCAGCACUAAGAAUGAACCUUACAGCUCAAUCACAGGGAAUUCUUAAUCUUUCGCAGAGAAAUGGAUGCAAGUUAUUUAAUUUUUUUUGCUGUAUAUGAUAUAAGCUACAAAGCAAUGAACAGUUGACUCGACUGAAACCUCUGUAGUAGAUUUAUUUAUCCUUGUUUGUCGAAUCAGACAAUAUCCAUGCAAAUACUACAAACAAAAUCAACUAUCCUACUAAAAUAUCCAAAUAUAUAUAUAUCUUUGUAUCUGGCCAAAACUGUACCAUCACUACCCUGUUUGGCUGUCAUGAAGGACCAGAAUCCCAAAUUGUGUUUGUAAAGCAUUGAUUUAAUGUUAGUUCUGUGUUAGAUCCGCCUUCAGCAGAUUUUGAAUGAUGGUACUUUUGCCCAAUCACAGUUCCCCUUCUGGUUCUCAUGAGGGAAGGAACAUUUUAAAGCAGAGGUUUCAGACAAAACAAAGUGUUUUCAUAAAUGUAUAUUCCAUUUGUGUAAGUAUUUGAACUAUUUCAGAUGAAAAUAACACUAUUGUCACUAAACUCUUCUACUUUUGAGUUUUCCAGUUCAGUAUCUUCAGUCCAUUCCGUUAGAAACAGAGAUGCCUCAGCAGGAGUUAAUAGUCUUUGCCCAGUCUCUCAGCUCUGCCCACUUUUCCAUUAUGUUCAGAAAAGGCCAUGCCAAGUUGGUGUUGAACAGAAUAGAGUACGGCCCUGACGUGACAGUUUUAGAAGGAAAUCCACAAAAAUAUAGUUUAGUCAAUUUAUUAUUCACGUAAUCUGUUAUAACGUGAGGAACUCAAAUUAAAUCUAAAUCUUGCCUCCUCCGCAAGGCACUUCUUAACAUGAAACAUUAUCUCAUUCAACAAUGUAGAACAGAAAAUUGUAAAACAAUGUCGAAUUCGACAUUUCCGACCAUUACAAAAGAAGAGGAGGUAGAGGUGGUUCAUCGGUCUCAGCACGUUUCACCACUGCUGAGCUUCUGACACCUCCAGGCCUUGGCUGAGCUCCUCAGUAGUCUGAGAGGACUACUAUGCCACAGAGAUAUCACUAAAGCCUGAACGUUUUACAUCAGCAACACUGUUCUUGUUCUCCUCAGGCAGUUAGAAGUAGAGCUGGUUUAGCAUUGAGAGAAUGGUGGACUCGGUGAGCGUAGCCCGAUAGUUCCGGAAGCCGGAUAGUAUGUAGUCUUCAUGUAGAUCCAUCCUUUAGUUAGAAUACUGGGAAGGUUCCUCGGUAUGUUUAGCCUUCAUUGACACACUUCUCUAGUUGUCAGUCUUGAGUUGUUUCCAUCUUCCUCAUCUGGUUUUUGGAAGUUCCUCUCUCUUCGGCCUUGGCAUCUCUGCAUCUGUAUUUUUUUUGUGGUUCAUGUUUGUGUAAAUUUACUGUCUGCUUAACACAGAAACACUUGGUCAAGUCGAUCCAGACUGCAUUUUAAAAGGAAGCUGGCAAAAGGUUGUGUACCAUGUGUGUGUAUACACUGAUUCCUAAAAAGGGGGGAGGGCGAGCGACCGUUUCCUUGUAGGGGUUGCAGAAAUGUUUGACUUAAUUUCUGUGUUUUAUAUUUUUAUAAUAAAGAUUUAAUGAAAAAAUUGA